UCGGUGGUUUGCAGUAAGCGAGCGAGGGUAGCAAGCAUAGCAGCCGUACUAAUAACAAGGCAAACAACUUCCUCCUCCCUUCCAUCCACUCCGCGCGCGGUUGCAGACCUGCAGUCGCAGUCGUUUCCUCCCUCUUCCUUCAAUCCUUCCUCCCAGCCCUUCGUCUUCGCCUCCGCCAGGCCCUCCUCUUCCCCAUCGCUUGCUUCGCUUGGGGUUCCUUCUACACAAACAUAAAGCAGAGGAGGACAGGAAAGGGAGCCCGUCGGCGGAAGGGGAGGGCGCCGCCUGCCUCGCCUGCAGUCUCACCAGUGUCUCUCCCCAUGGGAAACUGCGCCAGCGCCAUCGAUGCCUUCGUCCAGCGGGGCAGCAGGCCGUCGCCGUCGGCUGCUCCUGUGCAGGAAUGUCUGCAUCGAGGAGGACUAGUAGCUCUGCCACCACCGGGAAGCUGUCAACACUGAGUACCAGCACCUUCAUGCCAUCCACAGUUAGUGGUGUUAGUGUUGACGAUGAUUAUCAAGAUGGUCAGAUUCUUGAGUCUCCAAAUCUUAAAACAUACACCUUUGCCGAACUCAAGAGUGCCACCAAGAGCUUCAGGCCCGAGACGGUGCUUGGGGAGGGCGGAUUCGGAAAGGUUUACAAGGGAUGGGUUGAUGAGAAGACCUUGAACCCGUCCAAGAGUACCACUGGUAUGGUGGUUGCUGUCAAGAAGCUCAAUCCUGAGAGCGUGCAGGGAAUGGAGCAAUGGCAGUCUGAAGUCAAUUUCCUUGGGAGGAUUUCACAUCCCAAUCUCGUCAAACUCUUGGGAUAUUGCAUGGAUGACAACGAGCUACUACUCGUGUAUGAGUUCAUGGCAAAGGGGAGCUUGGAGAACCACCUGUUUCGAAGAGGGGCGGUCUACGAGCCACUGCCUUGGAGCCUCAGGCUGAAGAUUCUCAUCGGUGCAGCUCGUGGCCUUGCUUUUCUUCAUUCAUCAGAAAGGCAAAUCAUCUACAGGGACUUCAAGGCUUCCAACAUCUUAUUAGAUUCGCACUUCAAUGCAAAGCUCUCAGAUUUCGGAUUGGCCAAGCAUGGUCCAGAUGGUGAGGAGUCUCAUGUGACAACAAGAGUCAUGGGAACCUACGGCUAUGCAGCCCCAGAGUAUGUUUCUACCGGCCACCUGUAUGUGAAAAGUGACGUGUAUGGAUUUGGAGUUGUACUGCUGGAGAUGAUCUCUGGCCUGAGGGCGCUGGAUCCAAGCCGCGUGAGCGAGAAGGUGAACUUGGUGAACUGGGCAAAGCCAUUGCUAGCUGACCGGAGGAAGCUUAGCCAAGUGAUGGACCCCGGAUUGGAGGGGCAGUACAGUUCCAAAGGAGCCCUCCUCGCUGCUCAGCUGACCCUCAAGUGCCUGAACGGUGACCCGAAGAGCCGUCCGUCCAUGAAGGAAGUGGUGGAGGCGCUGGAGCAGAUCGAGUCGAUAAAGAGCAGGGUGAGGGAGCCCAGGAGUAGUGGCUCCUCGCGUCGUGGCCAGGGACAGUCACCGAGGAGUGACAGUGCUAGGAAGAACUCCAGGGGCAGGUAGAUGCAUGGUCAUGAGGAUGCAUAGGAUGAACUGAUUCUGAUGUGGAGAUUGUAAAUGUAGACCACAUUUUUUGUUGUCAUGACGAAGUUUGUGUCGAUCAUGAUGAUCAAUGUAAUAGUAUAGCGUGGCACUUUCGAUGACUUGGUACCUGCCUACCUGGCAUAUGCAUACAUUCAACCACUUUCUGAGUUGAUCGCAUCAGAUUGCACUUA